AUGUUGACGGGACAUGGCUGCUUCCAGGCCAAACUAUAUAGCUUCACACGUGCAGAAUCCCCACAUUGCUUAUCCUGUGGAGAUAAUAUUGACGAUGCGGAACACACGUUCUUUAAAUGUGGCCGGUGGGCAAGGAAGCUUGCAGAUCUGGAAGCCACGGUUGACCAAGUCGUUACACCAGAAACGAUAAUUCCCAUCAUGCUACACAGUAAGAGAAACUGGGAAGCGGUGGAAAGGUACGUAACUUUAUACCUGAGGACCAAGGAAGAAGAGGAACGGCUGAGGAGAUAG